AUGUCAGACACUACAGAGAGCAAACAGCACCCAUCACAGGUAGUUGCACCAACGAAGAUCGACAGCGUUUCACAGCAAGCUUCUACACAGCCGGGAGAUGGUUCCGAAGUCCGUAUUGUAGAUCAGCGCACCAGGGAAGAACUAAUAAAUGAUCCCAACGUGCAUGUCAUUGAGGUGCCGGGCCAGAAAGUACCCUUCAAAGAUCAAGUAAUAGGUUAUGCUCAGAAAACUCGUGGCACGCUCUUAGGAAAGACCGAAACUAAGCAACAUGGGGACCAAAUCCUCGAGGGCCGCGCAGCAGCUAGGGAGUGCAACGAAUAA